ACUUGUGACACAUAUAUAGAAGAGGUGUGACACAUAUUAUAAGUGUGUGACACAUAUAAAAAAACGUGUUGAAGAAGAAGAGAAGAAUUUGAAGAGAGAGUUUUUGAUAAAUGGGUUAGAGAAGUGAAGUGGUGUUUGAGUGUUUACGUUAAUAGAGAUUAGAGAGAAGAGACGAAAGAGAUGGGUUUGUUGUAUGAUGAGAAUUGCCCAGGUUGCAUUGUGGACAACAUCAAAAAAUCCACUUCUGCCAUUCCUUUCAAACAUCUCUUCUAUGUUUUUAUUCUUGCUCUUGCUGCAGCAUUGCCAGUAUCAUCUUUGUUCCCUUUCCUGUAUUUCAUGAUAAAGGAUUUUGGUGUUGCAAAAAAGGAGGAGGAUAUUGGUUACUAUGCUGGUAUUGUAGGAUCUGCAUUCAUGUUUGGAAGAUUUCUGACUUCCAUUAUUUGGGGAAUGAUGGCUGAUCGAUAUGGUCGGAAACCGGCUAUGAUUUUUAGCACAAUUGCAGUGGUAAUUUUCAACACACUUUUUGGACUUAGUAUAAAUUUUUGGAUGGCAGUUUCAACAAGGUUUCUACUUGGAAGUUUGUGUGGAAUAUUUGGACCACUGAGGGCAUAUGUUUCAGAAAUUUGCAAUCCAGAAUAUCAAGCUUUGGGAAUGGCAAUAAUUAGCACAGCUUGGGGGAUCGGAUUAUUAAUUGGUCCGGCUCUUGGAGGUUUUCUUGCUCAGCCAGCAGAGAAGUUCCCAAAAAUAUUUUCCAAAGAGUCUCUGUUUGGGAGGUUCCCAUACUUUUUACCUUGCUUAUUGAUAUCAAUAUUUGCUUUGGGUGUAACUAUUUUGUGUCGUUGGAUGCCGGAAACACUUCAUUUUCAUACUAAAAAAGAUAAAGAGAAUGACAAAUCUUGUAGUCCACAAGAUAUGAGCUCAAAUAAUGGAUCUGAUUCAAAAGAAAAUUGGGAAGAAGAUGAAAAAUGUUCUCCUCCAAAACAAAGUCUUUACAAGAACUGGCCUCUAAUGUCAUCUAUUAUACUAUAUUGUGUUUUCCAACUUCAUGACAUGGCUUAUUCAGAGAUUUUUCCACUAUGGGCUGUGAGUCCUAAGAAGUAUGGAGGACUAAGCUAUUCAAGUGAAGAAGUUGGUGAAGUUCUUGCAAUUUCAGGACUUGUUAUGCUUCUCUUUCAGUUAUUUUGUUACCCACCCAUUGAGAGGACUUUCGGACCUAUAACGGUGUCUCGAAUUGGAGCAGUCAUGACAAUAGCAGUGCUAUCAACUUAUCCUUUUAUAGCAAAACUAUCAGGAGUUACACUCACCAUAUUAAUUGAUCUUGCAUCUACACUAAAGAUUGUAAUAUCUGCAUGCAUUACUACAGGAUUGUUUCUGCUACAAAACAAAAGUGUGAGCCAAAACCAAAGAGGAGCUGCAAAUGGCAUAUCCAUGGCUGCCAUGUCUCUAUUCAAAGCUGCUGGUCCAGCUGGUGGAGGUGUCAUGUAA